UCCAACGCGAAAGCGGAGAACAUAUUCAUUCACGAAUGAAACCUAUAUAUAAAAAUUCUGUCACAUCAAGAUCAGAAAAAUUAACUGCCCGAUGCACUUUUUGCUUUACGUAUCUGCAAUAUGGCAUUCAAUUCGCGAAUGAGCCAGCAGUUCCAUGGCGGGAGUGGCCAGCAGGGUGGUCGGAACAAGAAAAAAGAAGACGAUAGCGAUGCGCUAAUGCGACUUCCGGAUAGGGAAAUCGCAGGAUGUAUAAACGAUAUUGGAGUCCCGUUCUCCGUCGCUGACCUGGUCAAGCCGAAUCCACAACAAAUCCAAUUAGUCUUUGAAUCGUUCGCGGAGCUACUAAUGAAUGCAACUCGAGAAACUGUUGAGCCGGCCAUGCGCGCAGCUGCGGAGGAUAUAUGUCCAGACCAUGUCGAUCUUAUUCCUCCAGACACACGUAAUCUGAUGGGGUUCUUCAUGUCCCUGCGGAAGUUAAUGGUUGAAUGCGGCGUCAACGACUUUGCCUUUACGGAUCUUACAAAACCUACACACGACCGCCUUGUCAAGAUAUUUUCAUACCUUAUUAACUUUGUCCGGUUUCGCGAAACACAAACAGCCGUGAUAGACAAACAUUUCAGUAAAUCAGAGACGACCAAAGCGCGGAUCGAGACGUUAUACGAAGAGAACCAGGAAAUGCAACAGCGGUUAGCGGAGAUGAGCAGGCAGCAAAAGGCAAUGGAGGGCCCGGUAAAUGAUAAGAUUAAGAGGAAUGACGAAUUAAAAGUCAGAUUGUUGGAAUUGAGGCGGAGUCAAGAACGUGUCGCGGAGACCCUCGAGCGAGUCAAGAUGGAGAAGGCACGGAAACAAACUCAUCUCGAAGAAAUGACCGAGAAAAUCUUGAAGAGUCGACAGGAGAGCGAGAAACUACGGCCAUACGUAUUACAAAGCCCGGCGACACUUCAAGCGUCUCUAACAGACUUGUCGGACAGUCUAACGAGGGACAAACUACAGAUUGAUAAUAUGGAAAAGAGAAUGCGCGCAUUACAAACGUCAAUGGACACGUUUAAUGUUGUUGCCAAUGAUGUCCAAAGUUGUGUAAAAGUUUUGGAAGACAUUGCUCUAGAGCUGCAGAAGGAGGAGGAGGAAGAUGCUCGUGCCAUUCGAAACAGGGAUGCGCUCACAGAGCGAGGAAACACAGUCCGGGAGGUGGCUCAAACGGAGAAACUUCUGCAACGACAACUAUCUCGUUGGCACGAACGGACGGAAGCGCUACGGAAAAGCAGUCGGGAAAAACAAGAGUUAGCACAAGCGCGGAUGGAGGAGCUAAGGGGAAUACAAAAGCAGCUUCGCGAGGAACUUGCGGAGAAGCAACGGGAUAUGGAGCGGCGAAGGAUUCGGAUCGAACAAACAGAGAAAAAGAUGGUAGACCUCAAGGAAAAUAUCGAGAAUGAAAUCCACAGUGCCCACGAUGAGUACUUGAAGUUAGAGUCCCAUAUUAAGCUUUAUAUCACGGAAAUGGAAAAAUGUCUCUGAGGAUUGAUUGUCGGGUCCAAACGGAAUGGAGUUCGGAUUUUGGGAGUUGGGCCGGUCGUUUAGGCAUGCGUUUCUAGGAUACCCUCAUGGUUGCUUCGGGUGUUUUUGUUUUCGAUUCUGGUUCUUUGAGAACCUCUUGCAUGAACUGGGGAACUCAGGGUACGUAUAUAGAACUCCAUAAUUCAAGUAGAUAGUUUUUCUUCUCGCAUUCUGUAAAUUUCUCGUUCGUUCAAAC